AUGCUGCAGAGACUGCACAAAGCACAUUUAGGUUAUGAUAGUAUGGACAGAAGAGCCCGCGGAACGAUCUUCUGGUCGGGUAUGAGAGCAGAAAUGAAAGAGUUCACGAUAAAAUGUGUACAGUGUGAGGACAGAAAACCGCCACCUAAACAGGAAAAGUUGAAACAACAUAGUGAUGGACUACGACCUAGGGACAAGGUCGGAUCGGACUUGUUCCAAAUACAGAACAGGUUAUAUCUCGUCGUCGUAGACUACCACUCAAGCUUCAUCGAAGUGGAUUUACUGACAGCGGCAACCAGUCAGCAAGUGAUUGACAAAAUGAAGAAACACUUUGCUAGAUUCGGAAUUCCCAGAGAACUGAUAACCGACGGUGGACCCCAGUAUAUGUCCACAGAAUUCCGUAACUUUACACAGAAGUGGGGUAUAAAGCAUCACAUCACAUCGCCCCACCACUCAGCAUCAAAUGGUAAAGCUGAGAGUGCUGUGAAAGCCAUGAAGACACUGAUCAUCAAGUGCCACGAGUCGCGUACGGACCCGAUGGAGGCGAUCCUGAAACAACGAAACACACCUCGUGCCGACACCAAGAGGAGUCCAGCUGAGAUGAUGCUGAAUCGAAAGCUUCGCACCAUGGUACCUUCCAGCGUGAAAGCAGAGCCAAGUUGUGAAUCGCGAGUGAAUCGUAAGAAAUCGGUGAAAAAAUGGUCCGAUCAAAAAGCGCACGUUUAA